CGACGAUGACGUCGCAUGCGCCAUGUGAAAGCUCGCGCCGAUGAGGUUUGCGGAUGUUUCUGCGCGUGUGCGCUCAGCUGACAGAUUCACAGCAAGGUUGUAGGAGCAGUCGCAGUGGGCGAACUGUCCCAGGCUAUCAUGGAGAACAGCUCCUCUCUGGGCAGAGUAAGUGGAUCCACUGAAUCUGUGUCAACCGUCACCAGUGAGGAGUUCGUGCUGGUUCAGCCCACCGCUGGGGGGUCACCGUCCAGCUCGGAGGGGAGGCCAAAACUAAAGAUGACAUUGAAUGGUAGCGAGCAGUUGGAGCGGGCGAUGGAGGAGGUGCUAGAUGAUGUAGUUGAUGGAUCUGGACCUGCAGAGGAAACAGGUGGUCGGGAGGCUCCUGCAACACCCAGCUCUCACAUCAGACCACCCAGUCUAAAUCUGGACACAUCCACACCUGAAGCGUUGGGCGAUUCGGCAGUGCAAGAGGAGGACAGCGUUCAGUUCAGCAAACUCUCCUAUCUGGGGUGCACCUGGGUGAAGGCUCCUCGUAAUGAGACCGAAGCUCAGAAAGCCAUGGCCACCUUGCGGGCAGAGAGUGCCAUUCCCAUCCCCGUCACCCUUCAUGUGCCCAGCAGUCCGGAAGGCUGCGUACGAGUUGUCGACCAGGCCACUGGAACAGAGAUCGCAUCUUUUCCCAUCUAUAAAGUGUUGUUCUGCGCACGAGGACAAGAGGGCUCUGUCGAGAGCGAUUGCUUUUGCUUCACCGAGAGCUACCGCAGCACUGAGGAGUUUCAAAUCCAUGUCUUCUCCUGCCAUAUUAAAGAGGCUGUUAGUCGCAUUCUCUAUAGCUUCUCAACAGCCUUCAAGCGUUCGUCAAAAGCUGCCACUGACAUGCGAGACGCUGCGUUGCCUCUGUCCCCCGAUAGCGACGUUUUCACCUUCGCCGUUUCGCUAGAAGUGAAAGAAGAUGAUGGGAAAGGAAACUUCAGCCCUGUCCCUAAAGACAGAGAAAAAUAUUAUUUCAAGCUACGGCAAGGUGUGCCGAAAAAGGUGGUGGUCACCGUCCAGCAAAUGAACAAUAAGGAGCUGGUGAUAGAGAGGUGCUUUGGGAUGUUGCUCAGCCCUGGGCAGAAGGUUCGAAACAGUGACAUGCAUCUUCUCGAAAUGGAGUCCAUGGGGAAAAACGCUGAUGGCAAGGCGUAUGUUAUCACUGGGACCUGGAACCCAAACACUCCAGCUUUCCAGCCACUCAACGAAGAGACACCGAAAGACAAGCAGGUGUACAUGACGGUCGCUGUGGACCUGGUGGUGACUGAGGUUGUAGAGCCUGUUCGGUUCCUCAUGGAGGCACUGGUGAGGGUCUACCCAGCAAAUGAGAGGUUCUGGUAUUUCAGCAGGAAGGCAUUCUCGGAGACCUUCUACCUCAAACUCAAACAGGCCACAGGAAAGGGCAGCCAGGGAGAUGCCAUAUUUGAAGUGGUGAGCCUGCAGAAACACACGGAGUGUGCGGCUGGAUCACGUGGCCGCCUGCAGUCUCCCACUGAGGAAGAGGAACCAGAGGAAGAUAGCGACAGCGAGAUCUCUAGCGGGACCGGAGAUGUGUCGAAGGACUGUCCCGAGAAAAUUCUGGAAUCCUGGGGAGGGAUCCUCAACAGAUGGCAAGGAAACCUGUCGGCGCGGCCCAAGGGUCUGUCUGCUCUGGUGAAGCCUGGGAUCCCGGAGGCCUUACGAGCUGAAGUCUGGCAGCUCCUGUCUGGAUGCCACCACGAUCAGUCUCUACUAGACCAAUAUCGGAUCCUCAUCACUAAAGACUCCGCCCAGGAGACGGUCAUCACUAGAGACAUCCAUCGCACCUUCCCCGCUCACGACUACUUCAAGGACUCAGGUGGUGAUGGACAAGACUCCCUCUACAAGAUCUGCAAGGCAUACUCUGUGUACGAUGAAGAGAUUGGCUAUUGCCAGGGUCAGUCAUUCCUGGCGGCUGUUUUACUUCUACAUAUGCCCGAGGAACAAGCCUUCUGCGUGCUGGUGAAGAUCAUGUACCACUACGGCCUUCGAGAGCUCUACAAAAACAACUUUGAAGAUCUUCACUGCAAGUUCUACCAGCUGGAACGUCUGCUGCAGGAGCAGUUGCCAGACCUGUGGUCUCACUUCCAGGACCUGAAUCUGGAAGCCCAUAUGUACGCAUCCCAGUGGUUCUUAACACUCUUUACCGCCAAGUUUCCUCUCUGCAUGGUCUUCCAUAUCACGGAUCUGCUGCUGUACGAGGGGUUGAACAUCAUCUUCAAUGUGGCUCUGGCUCUUUUGAAGACCUCUAAGGAAGACUUGCUUCAGGCCGACUUUGAGGGAGCCCUAAAAUUUUUCCGGGUCCAGCUCCCGAAACGCUACAGGGCGGCGGAGAACGCCCGGCGCCUUAUGGAGCAAGCCUGCAAUAUCAAGGUGCCCACCAAGAAGCUGAAGAAGUUUGAGAAGGAGUACCAGUCGCUCCGAGAGAGCCAGCUCCAGCAGGAAGACCCCAUCGACCGAUAUCAGAGAGAAAACCGGCGACUGCAGGAGGCCAGCAUGCGUCUGGAGCAGGAAAACGACGAUCUUGCCCAUGAACUGGUGACCAGUAAAAUAGCGCUGAGAAGUGAUCUGGACCAGGCAGAAGACAAAGCAGAUGUUUUGAACAAAGAACUGCUUAACACAAAGCAACGUCUGGUAGAAACAGAAGAGGAAAAGAGGAGACAAGAAGAAGAGACUGCUCAGUUAAAGGAAGUGUUCAGAAGAGAAUUGGAGAAAGCCGAACAUGAGAUCAAGAAGACAACAGCCAUCAUAGCCGAAUAUAAACAGAUAUGUUCUCAGUUAAGUACCAGGUUGGAAAAGCAGCAGGCAUCAACAAAAGAAGAACUAGAUAUAGUCAAGGCUAAAGUGAUGGCGUGUGAACGCUGUAGAGAGGUAUUCAGCAAAGAAGGACCCUUACAGAUCCCAGCCGUGAGUCAGGACAACCGGGACUCGGAUUUGGACGAGGAGAAGGAUUCGCUCAAGGCGCAGCUCCGGGAGCUUGAACUGGAACUGGCCCAAACUAAACUCCAACUGGUGGAGGCCAAGUGCAAAAUCCAGGAGCUGGAACAUCAAAGGGGAGUUUUGAUGACCGAGGUCCAAGCUGCCAAAAACUCAUGGUUCAGUAAAACUUUGGGCUCUCUCAAGACUUCAGCGGGUAACCAGUCACCCUCCUCACCCAAGGAGGGCCAGUAGGACUUAACCAAUGACUUAAAAGGGGGCGUGGCCCUACCGCUUUGCCAAUCCCUGUAGAAAACAACAACAACACUACUAGCAACGCAACACGGCAAUGCAGUAUUCCCUCACGUGACAUGGACCAAACCUGACCGCAGGACUACUGGUCACAGUUAAUAGUCAAUGAUGCUGUUAGUAUUUCUCACUAGUAAACACAGCUGUGUGAUGUCAUCGUGGACAGAAACUGAUGAAGUGCUGCCACCUAGUGGAUAGUAACUGUACAACAGGACUGUUUAUUUGGAAAAAAAACUAAACAUAAUUUAGCUUGAUCGUCGAUCGAGGCGCAGAAGCGUUGUUUUUAGUUAAGAGGGAAUACUGCAUUCGAGUAAAAAUACAUAUUUGUUUUUCUAUAUAGAAAUACUAAACGUAAUUGUUUUGUCUUAUAAAUGUGUAUAACUAAACGUCGAUUUUUAUUUUAAUCUUGUACAGUUCUGAAAGAAAAGUGCUUUAUUAUUUUUUACAACUUUUGAAUAUGUCUUCUUUAUAGUCGAAUACUUAAAAGCACACAAGACCAUAUAUCCGUCCUUUCUUACUCAUCCGAUGCCAUAGGCUGUUCUCAGAUCAGUUUUGCUUAACGCUGACGUGUAACGCAUUGGUCACACAUAGUCCCGUAUAUGCGCUAUAAAAUGACGGACGGCAUGCAGAAACCACAAACAUGUCAAAGCUUGGAGAAAAGCCUCUUGUGACUUUAAAGCCAUACACAAUGCACAAUUAAAUCAAUGCUCUUUGUCUGGAUGUCCAUAUUUUGGUCAUAGUUUUCCUAUUAAAGUAUGAAGUGUUGUAUAUUUCACGAAGAAAAGUGGAAAUUCUGCAUGGCCCUUAUGCAUAUUAACAAGUAGUCCAUAUUGUGAACACGUUUUAUUUACACUAAUGUACAAAAAAUUUACUUUAAACUGUGAUUUAAAGAUGCCAAACUAAUUAUUAUUAAAAUUACAAAACACUUCAGUAAUGUUAACUGAUUAUAUGAAGUGGGACAGCUACAGGUGUUUUUGUAUUAGGAUCUAUGGGGAAACAGAUCUAUGUUCCUUCUGUAAGAUGCAUUUACAGGUUUACAUAUAAAUUAAUCUGGAUUAUUCACCGCCGUUUCAUCCUGCUGACAGUAAAUUUUUGGUUUAUGGUCUCAUAACAUGUUGUUUGACGCCUUUUGUUGUUUCAAUAAACAGUAACAGUAUUCUGA